AUGACUGACCAAGAGGCUAAAAUUGAAGUGAUUUCAAUGGUGCCCUCCGAAUUAGAAGAAAAGGUUGAUGAUGUUGAUUUUCUAAAGCUCAAGGUUUAUGGUGAGACUGAACCUGUGAAGAUGCUCGAAAGAACUGCUAAUCUGGCAAACAAUCAGAUAAUAAACUAUUGGUGUGACCCUUCUGAAAAGUGGUUGGUUUUGAUUGGAAUUGCCCCUGGUGCUCCUGAGAUUUUUCAUAGGGGAAUCCUCAUUCAAGCCAAUAUAUUUGAUGGUCUUGGUAUUUAUAUGUUACAUUUGCAAAAUCUGGUCAAAGGGAAUAUGCAACUCUUUUCAGUGGAACAACAGAGAAGUCAAGCUCUAGAAGCUCAUGCUGCUGCUUUUGCACAAUUUAAAGUUCUAGGGAAUGAGAAUCCUUCUACUCUCAUUUCCUUUGCAACAAAGACUUUUGAUGCUGGCCAAAUUACAUCAAAGUUGCAUGUUAUAGAGCUUGGUGCCCAACCAGGAAAACCUUCUUUUACAAAGAAACAAGCAGAUCUUUUCUUUCCACCAGAUUUUGCAGAUGAUUUCCCCGUUGCAAUGCAGAUAGUGAGAUUCUUAUAUUUGUGGUCUGCCCCAGUAUUCAGCACCAUGAAUAUUAAUUGUUUUAAUGCUCAAUAUUCCAGAUAUCACACAAGUAUAGUCUGA